GCAGACGAGACUCAGGACGAGCACGGCGCAAGCCUGAGGGUGUGAACAGGUUAGUAAGCCAAAGUGGUGCUUACUUCACCGUAGUAAGACAUGGCGCACCCAUGGCGCGACGCUGCGAUUGCCACCGGGCUGAUAUCGUCGGUUCCGACCAUGGUGUUGCCUUUCAUCCCGGAGAGCGCGACCAAGCCGGGGAGCGCGGUCCAGCGCAUCUUGCUGUGCUUUGCCGUCGGUGGAAUGAUGGGAGAUGUUUUCCUCCAUCUCCUUCCGCAUCUAUUGACGGGUCACAUGUGUAAGAGACCAGCAGGUGAAGAACGUUCCCUGCGGAUCGUACCAUACGGGCACCCAGAUGUUUGCCUAUAAAUCGUCCGCACCAAGCGACCAAAUCUGCUCAGGGGGCCACCACCACCAUCACCACGAACAAGGCCACCAUGAACACGAGCAUCUCGAUCAUGACCACCACUCCCACAAUCACGACGAUCACGACCACCAUGGACACGAUCACCACGACGAUGAUGUUCUCUCCCCGCUCCAGGCUUUGUUAAAGCAAGCCAGCGGCGUUUUGGGGGGAUUGGAGGC